CACGAUCACAAGCUGUCGCUGCUCGAGGGCUCUACGAUUUUCCGUUUCGCCGUCUUUUUCCUGUUGCUUGAUGCUCGUAACUCCUCAACCGGUUGAGUGUGGCGGUGGCUUAUGCUGAUCGGCUGCUGUUGCUGUUGCUCGUGGGUUUUAUGCUGCUGCUGCUGCUGCUGUAGAACAACCAGCUGGCAUCAACGGUGGUGCAUAUGAUAAACGAACGAGCGUGCGGGCGCUUGGGUGUAUGAGUGUGGUGUUGUAAGUGCUGCUGCGCCGGACGGACCCUUCUGGCUGCGAUCUGAAUGCGCGGGGUUAACAGUUCCGAAACCCCGGUCCAACGGAACGGUUUCCGCCUCAGUCUGGCUCGUGCUGCUAACGACGCGCAUUGCGGACUGGUGAUCGCUGCGAAUCGUGCUGCGGGAGUUUUCGAUCAGUGCACGCGUGCCCUGGAGCACCGAUAAGUGACCGCGCCCGCCGUGGCGAACUUUAGAGUGAUAGUGUGCAAACUAAAACAAAAAAAUUAAAUAAAACAAUAGCGGUUUGUGAUUUGAUGAAUGUGCUUUCUUUCCGCCUGUUUCGGAUCGGUUGUUUUGUAAACAAAAGUGAAGUCUACUCGGGCGAACGGGCAGAUAAUUGGAUGAUAAUCGAUUGAGAAAUCGACUGAGAAGAGAAAAAAAAACGUACUAAUCGUUGGCAAACAGUGAUUGAAUCGGCGCAAAUUAACGCAUCGCCACAAAUUGAUCCCGUUUUGGGUGGUUCUCGUGCAGAGACUGACCACGCGGAAAGCAGAACAACGAGACCGGCCGUCCGCGAGAGCGCUUAUCAGGCCGGUGUUAAUUGUUUGCGCCCUCACGCGGACCAGAGAAGCACACGCCUCGGUGAAAACAUUGAGCCCGAAACGGAGUCGUGAUCUGGAAUUGCUAGUGUCAAUAGUAGAGCAAUUCGGACGUGUGAACAUUUUUUGAACUGGAUUUUUUUUUUCGUUCGAGAAGUGAUCUAUUAGGAGGUGCGGAUUGCACGCCUCAGAGAGCAGGGACUGAUAACUAGUCGGACAAACAACUCAAAAGAGGAUUGAUUACGAGCUGAAUGAUAAGCGGUGCUUUGUUGCGAAGUUUUGUUCCAAUCGACUGUACACAUUUUUGUUGUUGGAUCUGUUAGGUGAAGUUCUAUGAUAUGGAUAGAUUAAGUGAGGAAAGUGUUUGAUAGUUUGUGCCAGUGAAAUUAGCGUAAAUUCAGCACAGUUUCUGCUCGACCCCUGAUUUGAUUUGUUUCGAAGAAGAAUCGCUGCCGAUUGCUUCAAUUAUUUAAGAUGAACCAACAGUGCAAAGUGUGCGGGGAACCGGCGGCCGGAUUCCACUUCGGGGCGUUCACAUGCGAAGGGUGCAAGUCAUUCUUCGGUCGAUCCUACAACAAUCUCUCCUCGAUAUCGGAAUGCAAAAACAAUGGCGAAUGUAUUAUCAACAAAAAGAACCGAACCGCCUGUAAAGCGUGUCGACUGCGCAAGUGUCUCAUGGUUGGCAUGUCCAAAAGUGGAUCCCGGUACGGUCGUCGGUCGAACUGGUUCAAGAUCCACUGUUUGCUGCAAGAGCAGCAGCAGGCGGCUCAACAGCAAGCUGCCAACAGCCAGAAACCUGGUCAACCGCCAGUUCACGGAAUGUUCGGUCCUCCCGGUGCGUAUCCUCACGGAAUGUAUCGACCUCCGUGCACCAAGGAAGAACUUAUGCUCCUCGGGUUGGAAGAAUACAGCAAACAUCCGUCGGCUUCGCCCUCGGUGAGUUCUCCCGACAGCCACAACUCCGACAGCUCCAACGAGAUCAACGAUCGCCGGAACGCACUGCUGCGCCAGGGCAAGCUACACGAUUCGUCCUCAAUCAACAAAGAACUGUUCCUGCCACUGCCCUUCGGAGGAUUGCCACUGAUGCCCCCACCGGGCUUCCUUCCUCCGUCCCACCUGAUGUUUCCCGGAUUCCACCCGGCUCUGUAUCCGCACCAUCAGGGUCUGUUGAAACCGGCUGAUCCAACCACGAUCCUCAGCAGUUCGCCGCUUGCCAACAACAACAGUCGCUUCACACCAAAUCACAACACCAGCACUAACAACAACAACAACAAUAACAACAACAGUAGCAGUGCUCCAGCGCCAGCAGAAACCAAAUCACCGGACUCGUUCUCGAAACGGUUCUACCUGGAUGCGAUCCUCGAAUCGCAGCGGUGUCCCAGUAAUGAAACCUCUGGCAGUGCCAAGGAAGAGCCCGAACCUGAGGAGGUCGUCCCGGCAACCAUGACUCCUCCACGAUCCCCGACAGUAAUCCGUGGAACUAUACAGCAAGACAACCCUAUCGAUCUUAGCAUGAAAACUGGCAGCAGUUGCUCCUCGGAAGAUCACCGAACCUCCGUCUCCUGCGCGGAUAGUGACGACGAACAACUGGUAGUCGUUUCCAAUGAUCGCAAUUCUCCUCCCGUCGCUAACCCCCUGCUACCCAAAUACACCAACAACAACAGCCUCCCAAACAACAACAACAACCAUCACCACCACCAUCACCAGCUUCAUCACCAGUACCGCAACAAUCAUCACAUCCAGCGGCAUCAGAGUCCAUCCUCGAUGGUGCGAGGGAGCGGGAGCGAGUCGGAAAUCGAAGACACCGAAACCGAAUACGAGCGGGAGGUGAAACGAAUGAAACUACAAGGUACGACCCCGUUGGAUCUGACCACGAAAGUUUGAGUAAGCUUCGUCCUUCUAAUGCAUCACCCACGAAGACCCACCAAACAAGCAAAUAUUGUUGUUUUUGUUUCUUAUUUUAACUAACAAAUCCGUUUGUUUUGCUGAAGGGACAUUCCCUUGCCGAAGAGCAUCGAUUCUUAGCCAAUUACAAGGCUUGUGAAGAUUCAGAAGACAAGUGCUAGUGUUUCCACAACAAAAAGUUUAUUUCAAGGCAAUAUCAUUCCUCUUGUCCAAUAAAAAAACUGUAAAUAUGUUAAAAACAAAAUCAAUUCGGAGAGAGCACUGUAUGACAAUCAUAGUAGAAUGGCAUUACGCUGUAAAAAUGUAUGUAGCCAAACUGGGCCAGUUUGUAAACCAUCAAAAAAUUAUGUGCCAGUAGCGUUAUUGUAAAAAGAUGAAUAAUUUCAACCGGACAGAAUGAACCUAGAUCACGAUAGGACAAAACGGUCAGUAAAAAGUCGGUUUCCUUCUUCCGCCGAAUGGAUUCGAUAAACCAAAUUGUAACUAGAUAAGAAAACUUGUACAAGACACCCCGCCCUUUAAGAUAGAAUGUAUCACGUCAUAAGUUCAAAUAUUUAUUUUCCUCGUCGACAAUGCAAAAAAGCUUUACACCCUCUCCCCCAGUCGACACUCCUCGCUGCGUUUUGAUUGCAUUUAGGACCGGCUGCCCCUCAAACUACUGCUCCCGAUCCAAACAAACUUUGUUGCUCAUCUAGCGUCUCCCUGCCGCCGCCGCCAACCCGAGGUGUCUGUCUGUGGCACCCGCAUCUGUCAUCCCAACAGUCGCACUCGGUUGCACAAAAGCCCCCAGGCAGGCAUGACUGCCGUUUUGCGCUGUGCAACAUUUUCUCUCGAUUCUGCUACCGGAAUUUCCGCACGGCGAAGCCGCGCUGUUUAAGCACACACAAAUUAAAGUCAGCUCUCAUCCAAUAUCAUCAUCAUUUUUCUCACCGCCUGCUUCCUUCCCAGCCGAGGUGCGAAUACGUGAGAGCCCAGCACGGAACGCAUGAAAAUCUUGAUGCAUGUGUAACGAGCGUUAAAACCGAAAUCGCCCAAGGGCAUCAAUUUCAAUAAAUCUGCAAGCGAACGGCGGCCGGGUUUCCGCACUGAUUAGUGGACCCCGGAGCGUCUUCCAUUCCCAUCGUAAACCCGGUCUGGCGUAGACGCUAAUUCCGAGAGCAACCGACGUAACCGCAGAUCCAGUUUAUCUCAUAAGCCUCCUCAUUUUUACCUUCCAAGCAGUCAACCGGCGGCCAAGCUGUGGCCAACGUGGGGCAGCGACGAGAGCAAAAGCUUGCUCCCAGCCUCAAAUAAAAUAAAUUCGUUUACACAAAUCGCACGUUUAGUCGAACUCUAUGACCACAAAUCAUCUGGGUGAGAAACCUUUCGGUUCACCUUUCUCGCAACUCGCGAAAGCAGCCAAUCUGUGGCAAAUGGAGCUUUUUUCUCCCCUAGGGACACGUACACACAUACACCCAUGCACAAUUUAAUAGUCCAAUCUCUCAUCGUGUGAUGAAAAUAAAAUUAAAGCUGUAGCCUUUCUGAGUGAAAUGACCACAAAACUUGAACAGGUAGUUCCACACUAGAGUCUAGGCAGCAGCGACAGCAGCAGCAGCAAUAGCAUCACAAACGAUGAGAAGAAAAAAAGUGAACGCAAAAAAAAACAGAGUUGUUAAAUUAAGGUUAGUUAGUCCAAUGUGUAGUUUAAUUUCGUUUUUAAGUGGAACCCAUAAAACACAAACAUAAUGCACAGAUGAGCACGAAAAAAAAACCGAGCUGGUUUAGUUUUAAUCUUCCUGGACCAAUUUCAACGCGAAUAGAAGAAAACAAGACGUAAGACACCGACUGCACACACAGGCAGCCCGCUAGAGCCGAUAGCGGAACGUGAGAAUUCGCCUCAUAGAGACAGCAACGAAUCAGAAAGGACAUAAGAAAUAAUAAAAAAGGAGAAAAAAAAACUAACUAGACGAUUAAUAAAAACAAGUGAUCUAUCGGUGUGCGAGAGAGUAGAGCUGAGUCGUAGAAUGUUAUGAAAUAUUUUCUUUUAACAGUAGACAGUGCGCAUAUCAGUAACGAUAUAUGCAUUGAUGGCAUGUUUUAGUGUUAGCAUAAUUCGAAGGUUUCGCAGUAAUACAUCGAUUGUUGAUUGUUGUAAAAAGAGCUAGAGUUUAAGAAGGCAAAAUUUUAAAAUUAUUUACCAUAUCCAAUGGAAUAUAUCUAGA